CAGCGCGAUGACGCAGACGCCAUCGGGCGGGGCGGGGCCCGUCCCGGAGGAGGGCGGGCAAGCGCGGAGGCGGAGCUGAUGAGAGGGCGAGCUAGAGCAAGCAGCAGCGGGAGGUGGGUCGAGGCCCAGGGUCCUACGGAUCGCCGUCGGGUUCAGCCAGCUUGAACAAAGGGACCACCGAGAGCACCUGGCCGCCGCACGCGAGUCCCCGGCUCUCCGUGACGGGGCAGUCAAGCGUCCACUGGAGCCACCCCGGGAGUCGGUGCGCGGAGACCCGACAGCUGACUUCUGCGAGCCGCUGCCUGGCUCCGGCCCGCGCCGCUCCCGGGGGUGGGGGCCCCGGUGGCGCCUGGUCCUCUGGAGCCGAGGCAUCUGUGAAGGGCCCCGCGGCCGGCUGGGCUCGCGUGAUGGGGCUGCUCUUCGCCAAGCUGUGGAGCCUGUUCUGUAACCAAGAACACAAAGUAAUAAUAGUAGGACUGGAUAAUGCAGGGAAAACCACCAUUCUCUAUCAGUUCUUAAUGAAUGAAGUGGUCCAUACUUCUCCAACCAUAGGAAGCAAUGUUGAAGAAAUAGUUGUGAAGAACACUCAUUUUCUUAUGUGGGAUAUUGGUGGUCAAGAGUCACUACGCUCUUCAUGGAAUACUUACUAUUCUAACACGGAGUUCAUCAUUCUAGUUGUUGAUAGCAUUGACAGAGAACGACUGGCUAUUACUAGAGAAGAGCUAUAUAGAAUGCUGGCUCAUGAGGAUUUACGGAAGGCUGCUGUUCUCAUCUUUGCAAAUAAGCAAGACAUGAAGGGGUGUAUGACGGCAGCUGAAAUUUCUAAAUACCUCACCCUUAGUUCUAUUAAGGACCAUCCAUGGCAUAUUCAGUCUUGCUGUGCUUUAACAGGAGAAGGGUUAUGCCAAGGUCUAGAAUGGAUGACCUCCCGAAUUGGUGUGAGCUAACUUUUCGCUCAAGGACUGCUUCUAUUUAUUCUGUGGACACGAACAUAUUUCCUGGUACUUUUGACUGCUAAGGCAGCGGCAUGUUUAAUUUAUAACAACACAAACCUCUAUGAGCAACACUUGAAUCAAGUGCAGCUGAACUGGAACAUAAGAUUUUUCUUAACAUUUUUAAAAUGCACUAAUCCUCAGUUGGAUGAACAUAAUGUGUCUGUGUUUCAGCAACAAAGUUCUCCUGACUACUUAUCCUAAUGCAUUCAAGGAUGGCCUUGCCAGAAACAUUUGCCAUAAUGUUUUAUACUUCCUGCAAUAUCGAAAACAUACUAUUUAUCUGAGUCUAACAUGCCCAGUUUUUUUCAUUUAUUAAUUUUUAGGCAAAUGUUGAUCUGGAAGAGCACUAGAAACACAGACUACUGUGUGCAGAGUUCUUUGGGUAUGAAGAUUAUCUCCUUUUCUAUAUAAUCCAUCUGUGCACAGAAUUUUAACCUGACGAAAAACAUUUUAGGGAUAUGUGGAAUCCUGACUGUGACAGUUUACUCAUAAAUGGGUAACGGUCCUCAUGUCAAUGCAUGUCAUAGAAGAAUUUGUUUAAUUCUUAGUAUGGCUUUUUAAAGUUUCAUGAAAAUUCCUUGUUAUUGGCCUGUAGAAUUAUGAUGAAUUUUCUAUUUGUAUGACUUUGGGAAGGGGUAUAUACAGUUGGCCAAAAAACUGAAUCAGGAUGCAAGAUUAUUUGAGAGUGAGGGUUCAAUAAAGUUUGGCAGCUCUGCCUGACAUUUUAUUUAUAAAUGCCACAAUAAUUAGUAUACUUUUAUAUAGGAAGUCAUGAAAUUAUACCAGCACUAAAUUAACAAAUACUUAAAUGUUUUCUUAUCAGAGACAGCCAUAUAAAUAGCAAAAUUUUCAAGUGUUUUAUGUACAAGGAACAUCACAGCUCUUACGUUCUGUAAUCUGGGCAAUAUUGAAGCCUAAGUGAAUAAAUAGGCCAUUUCACAAUUGAUCAUAUAUAAAGUGUAUAUGUCUACAAUAAUAUUUCUACCACCAGCAGUAAGUACAUUACAUGGAAAGUAUGUGGCUUUUAAAAAACCUGUUUUGAAGUUUUUAUUAAAAUAGGUUUGAAACAAUUACCAUAUAGGUAGUUGGCCUUCAUAUUCGAAAGCCUUACUUUCUAGUAUCCAAAUUCCAGGCAGCUGCUGAAAUUAAUGCUAGUGUUCAUCACAUUGCUUUUAGAUUCACAGUUCAUAUAACACUUAUUAAUCACCUUCUGCUUAAAAAAAGAAAAUAACAACCCAUCAGUUGUCUUAUUAAUUAAGGAGUGAUAAAAAUGAAGUUUUGCGAAAUAGGCACCUAUUUUGAAAAUGACACCAAAUGUUGUUUGGAGGGGAAACAUCCUGUAACUUCAAUGUUAUCUUUUUCAAGUAAGUUAUUUUUGCUCAAGUAAAAAAGGCCAAAAUGCAGACUUAUAUUAAAGAACACCACUUUAAUUCAUCAGUAUUUAAUUUAUUUGGGUAAAAAACAAUUCAGUAUUCUUAAGAAUAUUAAAAUGGUUACUCACAACUGAUCUCUUAAAUUUAAAAUCCUCUUUGAAUAUUUAAAUUGAUUAUCUUUUUUUAAUGUUUUUUAGUUGCCAUGGUUUUAUUGUACUUAAACUGUAUUUUAGCAAUGCUUUAUUGAUUUCCAAUUGGUCACUGCAUCUGCCAGGACUGAAAAUGUUCAAGGUAAUGGUUUUCACCCUUUAGGUAUCAAUUUUUAUUUUCCUCUAAUAUCUAGUUUUCUAAUUUGUGUUUUGAACUUUUUUCUUAGAGUUUUGUUUUUAGUAUAGGGGGAAAGAUGGUUUUUAGCAUAAUAAAAACCAUAAGAGGGAAGGAAAAGCAAACAAAUUGAUAUGCAUGCUUUUGGGGUAAAAUUGUAAAUACCAUUUCAGCAAAAGCACACCAUGCCUGAAGUUAUUUUCUGCUUUGGUUACACUAUUUAUCUUUAAGUAAACAGUAGGAAAAGAAGUUAAAAAAACUUUAUAUUAAAUACUCCUACAUUUAUUCUUCAAUGAAAAAUUGGUAUAAUUAUUGCCUAAGAGAUGAUUGACAGGCUUCAUUCUGUCAAAAUGUAAGAUUUAAAAAAUUAAUUUAUCAACAUUACAUUAAAAAGUUUAAAAUAGCUUGUUACAUUUUAGUGAACUCCUGCCCAUACAAAGUUCUCAUUAAAAUGAAUACAAUAUAUCUUUUAUUUUCUAAAUUCUAUUUUAAAAUGUCAUGUUUGGGACUGGGAAUUGUUUCAUCUGGCUGUGGCAUUGAAAGCGACAAUUCUGUUGAGAUUCUUUGCCAACCUUUGGCAAAAGUUCAACUCUGAAAUCCAUUCAAAAAGUUUUAAAGUAUCUUAAAAUUGAAAUUAUAUAUUUUAUCUCACAGCAUAACAUUAAGAUUUCCUUUACUCCAAGAGAAUGUUUUGGCACAAAAGUAUAGUAAAUGUAUCAUUCAUUGUAGUUCAUCCUUUGUCUUUAGCAUUUUAUGAUGAACUAUUUUAAAUAGGAAAGAUGGGUCUUUAUAAUUGCUUAGUGCCUUGAUUCAUAUUUUAGUCAAAUUAUAUUUUUAAAGAAAAACGUUUUAAAAUGAUGACCAACAUUUUUUUUGGAGGUUGGGCAAGCAAAGGACAAUUUUUUUCUUGCAGUUAGCAUAAUUCCCAUUAUUGUAAUAAACGAACUGAUUUUACCUCCCUAUAGUACUCUUCCUGUAUUACUCUAAUGACACUUAUUAUAAGCAGUAGAAGAGGGAUUGAGGGUCUCACAGAUUCGAUGAAAGCUAAUAGUAUUAGUUUAAUUGUUUUGUUUUCAGGUAGAGAAUGAAGAAAUAAACUCUUGAUCUUUGAUUUGUGGUGUUGUAAAUGAUACUUAAGAUUCCUGCCCUAUACAUUUGAAGAAUGGGUAGGGAUGUUGUUGUUUUUUAAAGUCAUAUUUUCUAUCUUAAAACCCAAAAUUCCUAAUAAAGGAAGGUUAUAUAAGAAGUCUUUUAGCAAUUAACUACCAGUCUGAUGGAAAAUUAGAAUUGAUCCCUUUGUAAUCAAAGGAAAUAUUUUGCAUUCUAAAAUGUAACUUCUUUUAUAGUCAAAUUUAAAAUACUUUAAAAUAUCUCUAUGAUAAUUUUGACUUCUUGAAUUGAUAGUGACUAGUGUAAAAUUAUUUUUCUUUUUACAGUCAUUUUUUUAGAAAUUAAGAUUAUUGAGAAUGGUUUUCCUAUGCAUUGAAUACUCUUGUGAGAAUCAAAGUUUACUGGUCUCCUGUAAACAUUACUGAAAGUCCCACUACAUUACUGAAAGUAUUUUGACAACAAUGACUUUGGCUCAUAGCCUUUUAGUUUAACAUAAUAUUUUUUUUCUGCAUCUGUAAUGAAAAGAGAAAAUGGUUUGUUUCCUAUGGAAACAGAGCCUUGUAUAAAAUAUCUUUAGGCUCUUCAGACUAAUGAUGGGAACAAUAAAAACUUUUGUGAAUAUACAUGGAAAUUUUAGUGAGUUCUAAUCUUUUAAAAUGAGUAUCCUUCCUAAUGCGAAGUAUACAAAUGUGUCACUGGUGGUGAUUUCUAGGCAUUUUUUGAAUGUUUUUAGAAGUACAUUUGAUGUGUUUUGACCUGGAGCUCUCAUCUAACUCUUGACUAUGUGACGUGUGUGUGUGUGUGUGUGUGGUAGAGAAACUGGGCUUGUGCCUAUGAGUAGUUACAUUUAUUGGCAUUUACUUUUUGAAGUGUAACUACAUGAAGCUUGAGUUGCACAGUACAUCUAGAAAUGUUCAAAUUUUAGCCUUAAUUUUUUCCCACUUUUAAAGUGCCCUUUAAAAUGUUCUCCGAGACAAGAAUAUUUGCAAGUUCACUUUAGGAUACAGACAUUUUAAGAUUAGAUAUUGAUGUGAAAAAAUUGUUACAUGAAAUACAACUAGCUUCUCUGCCUGUCUUGUUCUCUCAUUUGGAAUUUGUCAGUAGUAGAUGAAGCAAACAUGAAAUAUUCAAAUGAUAUUUGCUGUAUAGGGCGCAUGCCUGUGAUUUUUGUCUCAGCUGAACAAAAUCAUCAUCAUCAUAUCAUUUAAAAGUAUUUCAAAACUGUUUAUAAAGCAGCAAUAUUUGCUAUUACUGUAUGGAAAUUUAACUUUUCUUGAGUGUUUCCUUUUCUGGAGUGCAAGUGGUACAACUGGGGCUUUGGUGUGGCUGCUAACCCCAAAUGCCAUUUUGUUUGACUUUUACCAGCUCAUAAGAACUUUAGUAUAGGUGUAACACCAGCAUUUUAAAUUUGGAAUUAUAAGUCUUAAGUUGAUUAUAUUUCAUAUUUAGAAGUUUUCCUCAUGGCAUCCCUUUUGUCUCUAUUGUUAUGAAGACUGUUCCUUUAGCCAGGUUAGGCUUGCCCCAUUUUAUACUUGCCUGCUAGUUUAAAGCCUCUAACAUUUCCAAAGAUAAUAUUGUUCUCUUGGAGCACUCAGGACUAUGAAUUAGUUACACAGGGCCAGACUGAAGAAAAUAAUCACAACUGUUAAAAUAUCCAAAGUAAAAAUAAAGGUAAGCUGAAUUUGAAACAACUGCCUAAGCAAGGUAUCAAAUGCUAAAUAGAUAUUUGAGAGAUUUAAAGAUGUAUCCAGAAACUCAGAUAAAAUUAUGUUAGCAAGGAUAUUUUUAAACUGAAUGCAGAGGAAGUAAGGUGGAUACAUUCAUAGAAGGAUCAGUGGUGUGAUGGAAAAUUUUGUUCAUGGAAGUAAUGCAUUACCAUCUUUUGUGGCAGUUAACAUUACUGAGAAGCACAAUCUUUUACUUCAAGACAAAGUAAUCCUAAACAGUCUUUUUCUGCAUGGCAACAUGGCAGCAAAAAGCAACUGUUUAAAGGUUUAGCAACAGUCACACCAUGAGGCUACAUGCUUUUCCAAUAAAAGUAGACCGAGCAAUGUUCUCUGCUAAUCUUUUGAAAUAGAACAUAUGUUUUGGGGGCGAAUGGAAGUUGCAAGAAUUUUUAUUGUAUGAUCCUGUAGAAUUUUGAAUUGUAAAUUUACCUCAUUAAUCACCAGGUGGUGCUUUAAUCAAGUUGUGGCAUAUCAUGAUGUGAAUUUUGUGAUGUUUAUUUUUUAAACUAUAUUUGAAACAGUAUGACUUUUAAAUUAAGAGAGCACACCAUUAAAAAAUUUGUGUGUGCAAGUAGCAAAGUUUACAUAUGGGUCAAUUUUAGAUAUAGCAAGUGCUUGUGAUAUUUAGUAAACUGAGUGAACUGAUUUCAAGGAAAGGACAAAUUAUAAAGCUUGGUUCAUUUCGUGUUAUAAUGUGUUUUCUCCUGUGUUUGUGAGGAGGUGUCAAAUAAGUAUCAGUUUGUCUCCCUUCGUAUAAAGCUCAUUUAUUUGAGUUUUAAAAUAUUAUUUAAUUUAUCUAUAGCUACCCUUAAAUGCAGGAAAUACAAAUUCCCCUGUUAUGUUCUCUUGGAGUAAACUGUUCAGCACAGGUGCAGUGACUGAGGUUUUUAUUUGAUAAAAAUAUUUAACUGCUGCUAUUUCAUUCAAAGGAUAACAAUUAUGGCUAUGAUUUUUAAGCUUCUGUAGUAAAGAUAAAAUUUUCAUUGUAAAAGUAUUUCAUGGAGCUUUUUUUUUUCUUCAGAACUAUACAUAAAGCAAAGAUAGCCUUGUCCCAACAUUUAUUCCAAUUAGGUUUGAUGUAAUGAUUAUAUUUGCACAUUGCCAUCUUGACAUAAAUGGGUGCUUUUAGAGUUAAAGUGGGGACAGCAGGCUCUGUGUACAGCUUGCUUUUUGCCUUAGAAUGUAAAACCAUUUCAAAUAUUUAUGUUUUAUAUUUGUAUACAUUUCUCAAGAUUUAAAAGUAAACAGUUGUCAUCCACUAAGCAUCAGAUUUCUCUAAAAACUAUAUAUAGUCUCUUCUGAUCAGCUCAGUUGGUUAGAAAAAUGGUGCUAAUGAGGCCAAAGUCAUGGUUUGGAUCCCUCUGUGGGCCACUUAAUUUUGCACACACAAAGAAAAAUAAUAAAAAUGUUCCACAACAACAGACUCUGCCCUUGACCCCAACCAGCUAACUCAUUGAUAUGUGCCAUUAUUCAUAAUGGGAAUUAAGAGCAUGUGAAUGAUUCAAUGCAAAUAUAUUACCACGACUGGAAUAACAUACUCAAAGUAUGUAUUCUGGUUUAAGGAGCAUUUUUCUCCAUAUUUAUGAAAUAGCAAAAUGUGGAUGAAAAAUUCAGCAACUGCAUUCCCUUAAGGGAGAAGCUUUGGUUGUGGAGGUAUGGCAGGAUUCUGUCCUAGUGAAGGACGAUGGUUUUCCUUUCUGCUGUUAUGUUUUAGUGGGUUGUUUGCAUGACUACUUAUCCAACUAAAGGGAUGCUGUUUGCUCUGGAAUGCCCCAUCUUUUUUCAAACAGGUUUUAGCUUCUUUGCAAUCACAGUGCAAUAUCAUGUACUAUUCAUGUGUUUCAGUCAACAGUUUAUUUUUGUCAUAAUAAAUAAUUACUUUUUCAAUA